AUGGCUCGGCGGUCGGGAGGCGCGUCCUCGCGCUUCCAAUGGACCACGGUCCUCUACCUCCUCCUGGUCAUCUGCGCGCCCAUGGUGCUGCUCGGUACCGCCAAGGCACAGUCUGAUGACAACGCCGUCAAGGGUCCCGUCAUUGGUAUCGAUCUGGGCACCACCUACUCGUGUGUUGGUGUCAUGAAGGGCGGCAAGGUCGACAUCAUCGUCAACGACCAGGGCAACCGUAUCACUCCCUCUUGGGUGGCUUUCACCGACGAGGAGCGUCUUAUCGGCGACGCGGCAAAGAACCAAUAUGCCUCGAACCCCUCGCGUACCAUCUUCGACAUCAAGCGCCUUAUCGGCCGCAAGUUCAACGAGAAGGACGUUCAGAACGACCUGAAGCACUUCCCCUUCAGCGUCGUCAACAAGGGCGGCCAACCCCGUGUCAAGGUCGAUGUCAAGGGCGAGGAGAAGACCUUCACGCCCGAAGAAAUCAGCGCCAUGGUUCUGAGCAAGAUGAAGGAGGUUGCUGAGAACUACCUCGGCGAGACCAUCACCAACGCCGUUGUCACGGUUCCCGCCUACUUCAACGACGCUCAGCGUGCCGCCACCAAGGAUGCCGGCACCAUUGCCGGCCUCAACGUCCUCCGUGUCGUCAACGAGCCCACCGCGGCUGCUCUGGCUUACGGCCUGGACAAGAAGGAUGACAAGACGGAGCGCCAGAUCAUUGUCUACGAUCUCGGUGGUGGUACUUUCGAUGUCUCCAUUCUCACUGUCGACGAGGGUGUUUUCGAGGUCCAGGCUACCGCCGGUGACACUCACCUUGGUGGUGAGGACUUCGACAACCGUGUCAUCGACUACUUCGCGAAGCAGUACAACAAGAAGAACAGCGUCGACAUCACCAAGAACCAGAAGACGAUGGGUAAGCUUAAGCGCGAGGUCGAGAAGGCCAAGCGUACUCUGUCCUCGCAAAUGUCCACCAAGAUCGAGAUCGAGUCCUUCCACGACGGCAACGACUUCUCCGAGACCCUUACCCGCGCCAAGUUCGAGGAGCUCAACAACGAUCUCUUCAAGAAGACUCUCAAGCCGGUUGAGCAGGUCCUGAAGGACGCCAAGCUCAAGAAGAGCGAGAUUGACGACAUCGUCCUUGUUGGUGGUUCUACUCGUAUCCCCAAGGUCCAGGCUAUGCUCGAGGAGUUCUUCGGCAAGAAGGCCAGGAAGGACGUCAACCCCGACGAGGCUGUCGCCUUCGGUGCUGCCGUUCAGGGUGGUAUUCUCGCCGGUGAGGAGGAGGCUUCCAGCGUCGUCCUCAUGGAUGUCAACCCUCUUACCCUCGGUAUCGAGACCACCGGCGGUGUCAUGACGCACCUGAUCAAGCGUGGCACCACGAUUCCCACUCGCAAGAGCCAGAUCUUCUCGACUGCUGCUGAUAACCAGCCCGUCGUCCUGAUCCAGGUGUACGAGGGUGAGCGUUCGAUGACCAAGGACAACAACCUUCUGGGUAAAUUCGAGCUCACGGGCAUUCCUCCGGCUCCUCGUGGCGUCCCUCAGAUUGAGGUUUCGUUCGAGCUUGACGCCAACGGAAUCCUCAAGGUUUCGGCUGGCGACAAGGGCACGGGCAAGUCCGAGUCGAUCACCAUCACGAACGACAAGGGUCGCCUGAGCUCCGACGAGAUCGAGCGCAUGGUUGCCGAGGCUGAGAAGUAUGCCGAGGAGGACAAGGCGACUCGCGAGAGGAUCGAGGCCAGGAACAGCCUCGAGAACUACGCCUUCAGCCUCAAGAACCAGGUCAACGACGAUGAUGGCCUUGGUGGCAAGAUCGAUGACGACGACAAGGAGACGAUCUUGGAGGCUGUCAAGGAGGCCCAGGACUGGCUCGAUGAGAACGCGGCCGAGGCCGUCGCUGAGGACUUCGAGGAGCAGCGCGAGAAGCUGUCCAACGUGGCCUACCCCAUCACCAGCAAGCUCUACAGCGGCGGUGCGGCUGGCGACGAUGACGAGCCCAGUGGCCACGACGAGUUGUAA